UUUCGGGUCUAGACUCUUAGGCCCGGAAACGUCAGCGUUCCUGCUCCUCUGAUGUUGCUUGGCCUGCUGUGUUCAUCCAGCUCCACACCUUAUUAUUCCUAAAAGGCAGCCUGGAUUAGGGCCAAGUACCGGAGCAUUUCUCACAAAACCUCAACGUUCAGUAGUCUUCCUUGUAUUUAACCAGGUGUUUUGUCCAUUUUAACUGUAGUCCUCCAGGUUUCACUUUACAAUCUUCUGGACUUAAUAUUGAGUUCAACAUUUUCAAAUAGUGAACCAACUCCCAUUCCUUUCCUUUAGCUUGUUACAUUCUUUGCCACCAUGUUCUGUCUCCUCCACCCCAGUGGGACUGCCUGUCCUUCCCAGUUUGGCAGUUAGACACGCCAUUGUUCUGCCAUUCUCACAUUCCAGUCAUUUCAUAUGAACUAUCAAUAUCUCUUGUCCCUACACUCCAACCAAUUCCACCCCCCCCCACUGUAGCAUAAAUGUUGUUCCCUCCACACAUCAGCUAUGAUGAAAAGUCAUCAGGCUCAAAACGUUAAGCUUGUUCUCUCCUCAUGGAUGCUGCCUGACCUAUGGUGAUCUCCAGCAUUGGUUGUUUUCAGUAUAGAUUCCAAAAUCUGCAGUAAUUUGCUCCUUCACUGAAAAAAUAUUGGCAACUUUAGAAAACAAAAAAAAAGUUUUCCAGAUGUUCCCAGUCCAAUCCCAGGAUUGGGAGCAAAUGGAGAAACUCAUUUUAUCAAAUGUUUCUACAUUUUGGAUUGACCGUGAUGAUUAUUUCGCUUUUAAGAUUGUGUCACAAACUCAAUACAGUUGAUUUAUUCAAGUAGGUCUUUUAGUUAUUUUAGGAGGGGAGAAGAACUUGGAAGAGAUUUGCUGUAUAAAGACUUGAUCUAAAACUGAGAAGUCGUGGAAAUAAUGUUGAUUGCAAUAAAUGCACCUUUUGCAAUGUGAUCAUUUGAACUUUGAACAUAUGCAGUAAGACAAGUGUGUAUACAGUAAAUAGCAACAUGAGCUUGUUUACUCGGGGUUUGCAUUUUGCCGUUGUAGCAAUUUUAUCACAAACAUUUUAAGGAAUCAUAACACUAUUACAGCACAGGUGACCAUUCUGCCUGUCGUAUCUAUUACUGUUUCUGCAAGGGGCCAUUCACUGACUGCAACUAUCCUGCUUAUUCCCAUAGUUCCCUGAAGGUCCAGUCCUCCUUUAAAAACCGUGAUUAAACCUGCCCGCACCACACUCUCAGGGAAUGUAUUAUAGAUCCUGAAAUACAGGAAAAACACUGCGGAUGCUGGAAAAACUUUUUUGAAACUAGUCGUACCAGACUGGGAACAGUAACUUUGUUUCUCUCUCCACAGAUGUUGCCUGGCCUGCUGUGUUUCUCGAACAUUGUGUUCGUUAGAGAUCCUGUUACUCACUAGAUAAAGGAAAGUUUGUGCUCUGCUUGUCUUUGGAUAGUUCGCCAAUAAUCUUAAACUGUUGACUUCUAGGCACUCGAUCCUUCUAUGAUGAGAACCGUCUUUCUAUAGUUAGUCCCUGGACCGUCCCAUCAUUUUGAACCCCAAAUGUACCUUAAACUUGGAGUGUAAGUGUUUCGUUUCAAUUUCUGAAUGUUCACUGAAGUUGUAACGUGGACAAUAAAAUGAAGUGACCUGGUAAGUGAUUAUAAUGUUUGAAUACUUUUCUUCUAACAAUGUACUUGAUUAGUUUCAUAAGUUUUUUUUCUCCCCCCAAAAUAUUCCUUAUGUAUCCAAUUUGUGCAGGCACAUCCUACAAAAUCACAUAAGUACAAUGGUGCAGGAGGCCAAUCAGCCCUUCGUCUUUGCCCCAGCUCUCUAAGGAGCAUCAUGUCAUUCUCCUACCUUUCUAGCAUCAAAACUUUGCACGAUGUUUUCAUUCAAAUAUUUACGUAGUGCUCUGUUACUCUGCAGGAAGUGCUGCCUUUUUCCAGAGAGGAUGUUGUUGCAGUGUUGUCGGUGGGAGGAGGCUCUCACUCUCUUUCCGGGUGUGGAUUGAACUAAAGCUUGUGUAGCCUGCACCAUGGCGCUGAUGGCGCAGCUCUGCAGACGGGGCCGGGCUCUCUCCAGGGUCUGGAACCGCAAGGCUUUCCGUGAUACCCCUUUCUGCUUCGGCUCCAGGCAGCAGCCCAGUCUCCGGAAAUUGGCGGCAGCAAACCCGGCGUUCAGUAAAGAUCUUAGUCCGAUAUGGAAGUCUACAAAAUUCUCCAUGCACAAUGUGCACUGCUUCAGCACAAUGCCUCCAUCCCCAUCUGAAAAGAAAUCAAGUAGUGGAACGAGAAAGAGUGGGCCUGUAACGUGGAAGUCUCUAGCAAUCACUUUUACUGUCGGAGGAGUGCUGUUGGCUGUCAUGAAAUACUUUAAGAAAGAAAAAGAAGAAAUGCUUGAAAAGGAACGAACUCGCAGUAUUGGAAAGGCAGCACUUGGAGGACCCUUUACACUCAUCGAUCAUACGGGACAGCUCAAGACGAACAAAGACUACCUUGGACAGUGGGUUUUAAUUUAUUUUGGGUUCACACACUGUCCAGACAUCUGUCCUGAGGAACUGGAGAAAAUGGUCGCUGUUGUGGAUGAAAUAGAAAAAAUACCCACUUUGCCAAACCUGACUCCGCUCCUGAUCACAAUAGAUCCUGACCGGGAUAAUGUUGAGGCCAUGGCAAGAUACGUCAAAGAGUUUUCUCCAAAGUUAAUUGGCUUAACAGGGUCGCAAGAGCAAAUAGAACAAGUAUCGAGGGCGUACAGAGUCUAUUAUAGCCAAGGACCUAAAGAUGAGGACAAUGAUUAUAUUGUUGACCACACAAUAAUCAUGUAUCUUGUUGGACCCAACAGUGAAUUUGUGGAGUACUACGGCCAGAACAAGACGAGUUCUGAGAUUUCUAGUUCUAUAGCGUCACACAUGCGAAGUUUUAAACACAAGUAAUGCAAAUAUUUGAUUUGUGCACCAAAAGUAAUAUAGCUAAAAUCAACCUGACCAUUUCUGUGAAAUAAAGAAUACUAUUUCGAAUAAAAAAAACACAAACAGA